AUGUUGAAUUUAGAUCAAACUCGUGGUUUUCAAGUCAAAGUUAUCACCGUAUUGGAUGAAACCAUUCUGGGCACAAUAUAUUCUGUCAAUUCAAGAAACUUGACCAUUACUUUACAAACUAAUACAAUUCCUUCUCCUACUUCUACAAGUGCCAAUGGUAAUGAUAAUAAUAAUUCUUUUAGAAUUAUCCAAAAUAAUUUUGUUAAAAAAUUGAUUGUAUUAAAUAAACCGGAUAAAUCUGCUCAAAUUAAUAAAAUAACUUUACCACAAUUAGUUGAUUUAACUAAUAUCCAAAACCGUAUCAAAGAUACUUCCAAUAUAAAUACUAUCAACUCCACAACUAAUGAAAGGUCACUUGUCUUUGAGACUUUAAAGAAAACUUUAAAUGAUACUAAAAUUGCUAAUGAUAAAAUUGUAGUAUUAGGUGAUGUAGUCAUUGAAGCUCCUUUUAAAGUAGAAAAUGUAAAAGGAUCAGGCAGUGGUUAUGAAUUGGUUAAAAGAAUAGUAGAUGGUGUAUGGCAAAGAAAGGGAGGCUAA